AUUCGUAUAAUGUGAUUCAGUUUCGCCAGCGCUAUUACGGGGUGAGAUUUGCAAAGUGUGUCUGAACAUCUCUCUCUCGAAAAGUGCGUCGCACGUAAGUGCGAAGCGUGAUAUGAAAUAGUGAAUUGGAUUGUGAUUCAAAUGGACAGGCGAUACUAACCUCGCGUCAUGGGAUUGUGAAAGGAAUCGAGAACGUAUAAGAAGGUGGCAGGAAGUGGGAAAAGGGCCAGGGAUACAACGCUCACGCCCGGUUGUCACGACGCCAUGUUUCCCCGAAGUGGCCUACCGAUGUCGAGUAUCCCUUUGAUGAUACUCUGCUUUUUCGUACUUACCGUUGCCGGCCUUGACGAAUCUGCUGUUGAAAAAAUAGAAACCACUGAGUCAAAAAAUGAGAAUCCAGCAGUGUUAGAAAUUACAGCAUCUCAAGACUUAGAAGGUAUUGAGGCUGGCAGUACUCCAUCACUUAUAUGUAAACUCAAUGUACCUGGUCAAAUAUGGUGGACCAGCAAUGGAAAGAAUCUCACCACUAUUAAAGAUUUUGAUUCUGGAGGACGUUUGGAUAUUAAACAGGCUAGUAGAAAUGAUACAGGAGAUUAUAAGUGUAUGGCGCAAACUGUAGAUGGAGAAUUGUUAAAAAAGGAUGUUCAUAUUAGAGUUAUUGAACCAGGUAGAAUAACAGCUGGGGAAGAUAUUAGGGCAAAAGUGAUGGAAUCAGCUAACUUGACAUGCCUCAUGCAUGGUUAUCCAUUAUCUCAAUUUACUUGGUUAAAAGGGAAUGAUUCAGAAAGUACCGACCACUGGAAGGAUUUCACCACUAUCACGCAAAUAAACGAAACUCUCACUCUACUGACUUUAGAAUUUGAGAGCUUAACUCGGAAAGAUAACGGAACGUAUAUUUGCAAAGCACGCGAUUACAGCGGCGAAAUUAGCGCUUAUAGACAUCUCUUUGUGAUUGAUGUACCGAAAGUGAGCAUCGACUUUAUGAAAGCUGUUGGUGCUGGAAGUAUAUUCUUAAACUGGACUGUAAAUGAUGGCAACGAACCGAUUAAAGAAUAUGUUAUCCAACAUAUGAAAAACGGAACUAAUCAAUAUCAAUAUUAUUCUAAACAAAUUGGAGGUGGUAAUUCGAGUUAUGUUUUAAGAGGUUUUGAAAGUGGUACGGCGUAUCAGAUUGGAAUUAGCGCUACAAAUACCGUGGGUACAUCACACGUACGACUUGAUCCACGUUGGAUUACUACGCUUGAAAAAGAUCCUAUAUUUGUGCCAAAAGUUUCCGUUAACGGAGUCACUGAAAAUUCUAUUACAAUAGGAUGGACAGUACCGCCACCGGAUUUAAAAGAACACGUUCAUUAUUAUAAUUUAAUGGUUACACAUGGAGAUCAGAAAAGAGAAGCAGUAUAUCCAGCGCAACCAUUUACCGUCUACGCAUUUGUCGAUCUUGAUCCCGAUACAACGUAUAAGUUUAAAAUUGCCGCGUGUAGUGAAUAUACAAAGGAAUGUGGAAACUGGAGCAUUGAAGUGAAUGGUACUACUUUAGAUGGAGUGGCCAGUCCUCCUCAGAAUUUAUCUGUUAAUUGUCGAUUCGAUAAUAUAAGUAGCUCCAGUUUUAUCUCUAUUACAUGGGAUCAUCCAGAGAAAUCUAACGGCGUUAUUACUCGUUAUAAUAUACAAUUAAUCGGCAUCGCCAGAUUUAAAAAUGGUAUGGGUCGUUUAGAUAUCGAUACUUGGGGACCACAGAAUUGGAGUGUUAAAAAAAAUAGCACGCAUUUUAAUCAAAUACCGGCUAAUACGAAUUACACGGUUCGUGUGAACGGUGUAACUAGAUCUCGUACACCAGGAAAGGAUGCUGUCGGUAACUGUACCACGCCAAUUACCAUACCAGAUAGAGAUAGCUUAAACAUGCGAUCGUGGCGAAAAAUCGAGAAUCAGGGUAAACAAUUGUUUAAGUUAUAUCUUCCGCGUAUCACAGAAAGAAAUGGUCCUAUAUGUUGUUAUAGAGUUUAUUUAGUAAAAUUAGCACCACGAAAGAGCGUCACUGAUUUACCACCGCCUGAAGAAAUUAAUGUGUAUUCCUAUCAAUAUGCCCAUAAUUCACCUUCCGGUGGUGCUUACGUUGCCGAAACAUUCGAUAGUGAUCGAUUGAUACCCGAGAUUUUUCUUGGCGAUGGCGAAUCAUUCAACAGUAGUAGUAUGUGCAACAAAUGUAUUGGACUUAGGCCAAAAGCCGCUCCACCAGUAUUACAUUUUGUUCCCGAAGUUUCAACAACCAUCUCAGCACUUAAUACAACACCUGCCACUACUACAACGUCAGUAACGUGGACUACAACUCCCGCUCCAACAACAUCGUCACCUACUACUCAAAAGAUCGAAACAACCAUUGCAAAUCUAAUAGACAAUAAUCAUACAGAGACUGUGGAAAGAAGAAAAAGAGAAAAUAUGGCUACCCAGAAAACAAAGGGUAAUGAUGGAUCUUCUGAACUACCAUCAUUUACCGCACAAGAUGGUUUCUUAGAUGAAAACUCAAACUACACGGGUUUUAUCGAAGUUAUUGUAUUUGGAAAUCAAGACCAGCUUUUACCAGCCUAUAGUAAUUACUUUAAUCCUCUUUAUGGAGGGUUAGAUCCCGUAGCCGUAGUGUCAGUGGAAGUGACUACACUCAGCGUAAUUCUGCAAAUUUCUAUUGCUCUUAUACUGAUCAUCAUCAUUCUUCUCAUUGCACUUUGUGUAUUGCACAGAUAUACAAAGCGUGCUCAACAGAGAGGAGAAGAAAUAAUAACUUUGAGAAAUAGUUUCAGGCAUUUAUGCAGGAGUCUUAGAGGUAGACAUCAAUUGGUAGCAGCAAGCCCUCCAGACAUGCCUCCCAUUCCUAAAGGUGAACUGCUCCAGGCAUAUCUCGAACGGCAUCGGGAUUCUGAUUAUGGUUUUCAACACGAAUUCGAAUUGCUACCAGAUAGGUUCACAGAUCGUACAACAAGAGCUUCGGAGGCACGUGAAAAUCUAUACAAAAAUCGUUAUCCAGAUAUAAAGUGUUACGAUCAGACUAGAGUAAGACUCGCACAAAUGGAUGGAAUUUGCGGAUCUGAUUACAUAAAUGCGAACUUCGUGUUAGGAUACAAAGAACGUAAAAAAUUUAUAUGCGCUCAAGGUCCAAUGGAAAAUACCGUUUGCGAUUAUUGGAGAAUGAUUUGGGAACAACAUCUUGAGCUGAUACUUAUGUUAACAAAUCUCGAAGAAUACUCAAAAACGAAAUGCGCAAAAUACUGGCCAGACAAAGGUGAAACUAAAAAUUUUGGCGACAUUACUGUUGAACAUGUUCGAGAAAGAGCUUACUCAGAUUACGUUGUUCGUGAAUUAAAAAUGACACGAUUAGGAGAACGAGAUGCACGCACCAUCGUUCAGUAUCAUUUCUUAGUUUGGAAAGACUUUAUGGCACCAGAACAUCCUCAUGCGAUACUGAGGUUUAUCAAAAGAGUGAAUGAAGCUUAUUCGCUGGAAAAGGGGCCGAUAUUGGUACAUUGCAGUGCAGGUGUCGGACGAACAGGAACAUUGGUCGCAUUAGAUUCUUUGCUGCAACAACUUGCAGAAGAAGGUCAAGUUUCGAUUUUCAAUACAGUAUGUGAUCUAAGACAUCAAAGAAACUUUUUAGUGCAAUCGUUAAAACAGUAUAUUUUCACUUAUCGUGCGUUAAUGGAAAUGGCACAAUACGGGGAUACGGAAAUUCCAGCAUCUCAGCUUAAAACUACAGUUACAAGAUUAAGACAACGAGAUAACGGUAAAGAAAAAUGUAGAAUGGAGGAAGAGUAUGAUAAAAUCAAUUCUGUAUUAGAAGACAGAAAAUCAUUUUCUGUUGGUGGAGGAGAAGAAAAUAAGAGCAAGAAUAGAAGUGAAUUAAUAAUACCAUAUGACAGAAAUCGAGUAAUUCUUACGCCCGUUCCAGGUAGAGAACAUUCGACGUAUAUAAAUGCAUCAUUUAUUGAAGGCUAUGACAAUUCCGAGUCGUUUGUUAUCACCCAAGAUCCAUUGGACACUACGAUAGCAGACUUCUGGCGAAUGAUUUCAGAACAAUGCAUCUCUACGAUAGUAAUGUUAUCCGAUUUAAAUGAGGGUCCACGAAAAUGUCCACGUUAUUGGCCUGAUGACGAUGCAGCAUACGAUCACAUAAGAGUUAGAUAUAUUCAAAGCGAGAGCUGUCCAUAUUACACUCGCCGUGAAUUCUGUGUUUCUAACACUAAAACUGACGAAAGCGUUGUUGUAACACAAUACCAAUAUCAUGGGUGGCCAACGGUAGAGGGAGAAGUACCUGAAGUAACUCGUGGUCUCAUUGAACUCGUAAACCAAACACUUACGAAUGACACAGAAUCAAGCGGCUCGCUAGUCGUACACUGCAGUUAUGGAUCCGAUAGGAGUUCUAUGUUCGUCGCUCUUAGUAUAUUGGUUCAACAACUAAGGACUGAAAAACGCGUAGAUAUAUUUACAACGACGAAGAAGUUACGAUCGCAAAGACACGGCAUGAUUAGCACUUUUGCACAAUACGAAUUUCUACAUCGUGCUAUCGUGAAUUAUUCAGAUCUUCAUAAUUUGGCCGACGACGAACCAGCUUCUUAAUACCAUGGAAUGUAACAAUGGAACAUCUCGGUAAUGUUCGGUGAAUAUGUGCAUAAAGACAAUUCACGUACAAAAAAUGUUUGAAAAUGUACGAAUGCUCAAAGAAACGUAUAUUGGGCCAACCAAAGAAAUUACUAAUAUAUUGGUGAAACAAAUACAUCAUGAAGUUAGACUGAAAUAUGCAUAAGCAUAAGCAACUAUCGAUCUUUGACAAUUUUCAUAUUUUAUGCACAGACUAUCGAAUUAUGUGUAUUAGACAUUUAUUCGUACUACAAGAAGUAAGCAGUAAACAUUUCACAUUGAAAAAUUCAUAGGAUUAAACUAAAGAUACGAUUCGUUUGAUAUGAUACAGAAAUAAAAUUAACCAAUUAUUGGUUAAUCGUUAAAAAGUGUAAUACAGUGAAAACGCUCGUGGUAUCACGUUCUUGACAACGUUGUGAAUCAAUCUCAAUAAUUUAUUUUUAUUGAUGGAAUCUAGAAAGAAAAACCUGAAAUAGUGUAACAGUUAACAUUUUUGUGAUUGAAAAUGGGAUACGAGGAAAGCAUUGACGCAACAAAGUAAGUGCGUUUUUAUUAACAAAUACGACUAUUUGGUGGACUUAUGAAAGAACUAAGCAUAUUUAUAAGACGUACGAAUAUUCUGACAAGUGGACCAUAUAACUUACCAAUCUAAUAUUUGAUCGUGCGUUUAUACCGUUAGAAUGUUCAAGCUCAAUGUGAAAUGUAAAAUACAUUGCAAUAUUAAAAUUAUGUUUCACGAAAAAUAAAAAACUUCUAUGUAUAUCUUAAACAUAACUUUUAUGUUUUUUUAGCGCGUUAUAUUAUAGAUAUGUGUAUAUUCCUUUUCAUACACGAUCACAUAUAGAUGGCAUAGUUUAUAUGGAUUAAAGCUGAAUUAAGAACUGGGUUGUAUUCUUCCAAACGUUUUUGCUGGCAUGCAUUGUUAAUCUACCGUUCGAUGACAAGGAAAGAUCAAACACUAAUUUGAUCUUCCUUACUAUUUACGAUUAUUAAUGAUACUACGCACGCACUGUGUGUUUAUUAGUGCAGGAUUAUUUGUAACAUAGGAGUCAUAUACAAUAUAAAACGUGCGUACGCUAAUUUUUCUUCUAAAUAAAGACUGAUCUUCUUAUUCAGUUCGAAAUUCGCGAAGAACGGCAUGCAAAAUUGCUGUGAAUUGUAACACGAGGAGAAGAAUCAUUUUUUACUUUUUCAUACAUGAAAUAAUUAGGAAUAUAUCUAUGUGUGUGGCAUGUCCGCAAAUGUGCUUUGUAAGUCACCGACGAAGUGUUACGCAUAAUUGGAGGGCUUACGCGGCACAAUAGGAGUUAGGUUUUUACUUGAGAAUACUAAAGACAUAGGUAGUUUUUAAAAGAAAAUUUACUAAUUAAAUUACUUGAACGACUGUGAAACGAACCUAAUCUAGGAGGGUCCUCUUAAUUCAUAAUUAAUUAAAAAAUAAAAUCAUCGGAAAGACAUUAUACCAGAAUAAAAUUGAAUUUUUAUAUUAAUAACAGGAACUACCUAUAGCUGCUAGUGUUCUACCUCACAGUGGAUAAUGCUAAAUAUAAAAACAGGUCGAUGAGAUUACUAUAAAUAAGGAAAGAAAAAAAAUGGAAUCAUUGAAAUGAAAAAAUUGCGGAAUUAUGCACUAUAUAUGUUAUUUCUUCGCACGCUCGUUCUUUUCUAGUCAAGUUUUUAACUCCGACACGUGCGCUGCUAAGCCAUUCAUUUAUGGCAGGGGACAAUCACAUUUUAAAUUCUUAAUUUACAUCGCAUCGAUCGGCAGGAUUUAUUUUUCUUUCCUUUCCUUCGUGUCAGUUUCAUUCCAUUCGCGUGCAUACAAUGCACGUCCCUAAUCGAUGUAUAUGUGUGUAUAACCUACUCAUUAACUGAGAAGCAAUUAGUUGCUAGUUUGCGCUUCGAUUAUGUUGUAAUUGAUAGAGAUCUAAGAGACGAUUAUGUUCAGCCUGGAAUUAGAAUCGCUACUAUCACUACUGUUGCUUUAUUGCAUUGACAAGCAGUGUGACGUAUUUGUUUUUAUACUCAGACAGACUAAUGCAUAGGAGUAUUUACGAAGGUGCAAAGUGCCUACGAAUUUCCACCUAGUCCCAUUUUUUACACAAUGUAACAUCGUUAAUGAUAUUUGUCUUUUUCUCGUGAGUUUUGUGUAAUUAAUUGAUUACAAAUCAUUUGAUUAGGCAUCGUAUUGGACAUUUCUAAGAUAUAAAAUAUUUAAAGAUAUUCUGUACUAUUUUGUAUGUAUUAUUUAUAUACAUGUUUACAUCAAUAGUUUGUAUAUACUUUAUAAAUGAUGGGAUUUUUACACUACCUGAAUAUUUACACUUUUCUAACCUUCAUUAUAAUUUUAUGAGAACUUUUAUUUUGUUUGACAACACAAUACUCCUUAAUUUGCAUAGAUUUUAUGCAUGCCUUUUUUGGUCAGUGCAAAGGAAUAUUGUAUGGUGGAAAUUCUUAAACAUUUUGUAUAGUAGCUGUAGUCUAGAAUGAUUUUUAUAUUGAAAUAUAAUGGAAAGAUUUUUUUUAAAGGCAAAUCGACACGCACAAUAUGCAUGUAAAAAUAUAAUCUCAUGGACUUUUGAUAUUUUUUAAUGUAAAAUUUACAAGCACAACGUCUCACUUGUAAUGAAUAUAUCUCUUUUAAUUUAUAUUACGUUAAUAUCAGUGAGAAAAUAAAUAAUGUUCAUUUAUUUAUAGGAUAUUUAUAAGAUAUGCGAUAUAUAUAUAUAUAUUAUAUUAUAUUAUAUAUAUUAUACAUAUAUAUAAUAUAUAUAUAUAAUAAUUAAUUGCGUUUCUAUUAUUUAAUAAGAAUUUUGUGCAGAAUUAGCGGUUGUUUUCAACUUUUAUUGCAUAAAACUGAAACGCACUUUACGUGCACGUGAAAAUGCGUAAUUUAGGACAGUAAUAACAGUAAUAACAUUGUUAAUAUUUGAUACAAUAUGUAAUUGCAAAAUUGUAAUGACAAUUUCGUAAUUAGUUACAUGUAUGUUCUUAUUACAUAUUUUCACCUCAUGUGUAAAAAAAAACAUCGACAUUUUUACAGCCAGUGUAUGAAUUAGAAGCAUUAAAAGCAUUGUUGUAAAUUAAUGUAUACAAUUUUUUAUUUUUAUCAUAACAAAGAUACUGAUACAGUCCAAUAAGAAAAAAAAAGGAUAUGUUUUGGCCAAAUAGCAAGUGUAUUACAAUCUUUUAACUUCUUAUUUUGUAAAAUGCGCAUAAGAAAAAUGCAAUGUAUUAUAAUACAGAUAUACCUUAGAUAUAAGUUAAAGUUAACGGCAGCUGCACAGCUUGCCAUUUUCUCUCAAAAGGUAUAUCUUGAUAAUGACGCGCAUUAUUAAUUACAUCAGGCUGUGUGUUGAUACAUUAGUUCUUUAUUUAAAUCAAACUAGAUGCGGUCGAUUGGAGUUAAAUUGGUUAUCGAUCUGAUAUUAACUUUAAUUCAUCUCGAAGUAAAUGGCUCUAUGUAAUUGGCUAGGAACAUGUAACGCGAUUAAUGAUACACCGUGCCCUAUAGGAACGUGUGCGUGAGGUUUGUUGGUAUGAUUAGGCAGUACGUGUAAGAAAAAGAGGAGACGGCGGUCUUUUUUGUGGAUAAUAUAUAAUUCAUGUAGGAUAUAUAUUAAAUAUUCUCCUGUGUCCAGACAAAGGUGAUUGACCAACUAUGUGUCAACUUACGCGUUAAAGAUGCCAUUCAUGAUGAAUUCACUCUAUUAUCCGAAUGAAAUAACUGUGUUAAGUAAUAGUACUCGAAUCAGCUAGCGUAGAUCUUUGUACAUUGUGCUAUUGCCAUAGCAGUGAAGUAUGGUAUAUUGUGAAUAUGAUUGUGCUGCAUUUGACAAAUAUCUUUAAAAUAUUGGAAUUAAAAUAAAAUCGUUUACCAAAGGAGUUUACUUCUUUGAAGGAAAUACCUUUGAUUCGAUGCAAACAAAUUUGAAAUUUUUCUGUUGCUAUUACAGCACAGAUGUCAAUUGUAGCAGCACAAGCUUAUUACAAUUAAAAGGAAGGGAGAAGACUUUUACAAAGCACAAUAAGAAAAACUAUUUUGCUUGGAGAUCAAAGUGCUUGAAGCAAAAGCUUUUUUACGAUUUUGAUACAUAAAUUGAAAUUUGCAAUGAUACCAAGUAAGAUAAUUGUCAAGGGCAUUUUCUAUGCUUAUACUUCAUUUUUUCAUUGUGAUUUAUUCAUUGCUUGUGUUUGACGAUUCACUAAAGUACAUUGAGAAAGCUUCUUAAAUAUGCAAUGUAGCGGCGAAUUAUUGCCUUAGUAACAAGGGUAUACUGACAGACUUUGGAUUUUAAAUUGAAACAGGAUAACUUUAAGAUUUGUUCUUUUUCUAUACAUCUUUAUACUUUCUUAAUACGUGCACGAGCAAUGUACUAUCUAUUUGAUAUACAUAAAUCCAAUGGCACCUACUAACGUUCCUGUGAUAUUCUAUGCGACUGAUGAGUUUAAGAUGUGAUGAAUCACAAUCCUUUUUGUAUAACUGGCAAUAGAAAUUAGUUUCUAUAGCAUCAAUCUUGUACUUUUAUAACUUGUAAUUUCGAGUUACUUUUAUCUAAUUCUUCAAUGAACUUCCGACGACAUUUUACAUUUGAUACGGAUAUACAUAUUUGAAAUUUUUUUAAUACUCGCUGUUAAGAUGAAAGUAAUCUGACAAUUAAAAUGUUACUGAUCUUUUUUCUUCUUUUUUUAUACAAUCAUUCGAUGUAGCAUCGGUUCAACUUGCGUUCAAAUAUUGGCAUGAUGUAAAAAUAUCGGUAUCUUACAGCCAAUGGUCCGACACGAUGUGUAUGGAAUAAUCUUUCAUUGUAAAUAGCUGCUGAAAUUACAAAAACUGCGUAGUGAUUUUUUCGAAACUAUGUAAUACUCGAAGCAAAAAGACGUUACAUCUGAGUAUUAAGCUUAUAUAUAUAGGGUAUUUAAAAAAUAUACAUAUGUCGAAUUAAUGAUUUUGUCCAAUACGUAUUCAUUAAUGGAUCAAGAUACAUUACCCUAUAUAUGUAUACUUCGUUUUAUAUUUCCGAUUAUUUUCUCUCGUUAUAAAAUCUUAAUGGCGGAGGAAAUAUCGUAGACAGAUAAUACAAAAAAGUAUUAUCAAAAGUAUUCUUUAUAAUUAGGUAUUAUCGUUACAACCUUUGCGUCGGGAUUUUAACGAGGUACUGCUUAUUCUGUAAACAUAGCAAUAAAAUAUUUUACACGAUUUAAUUGAUUAGCGACAUGUAUAGAUAUAUUGUUAAAUUUGAUUUUCUCCGAUGCGUAGCUUAUAUCGAACUCUGUAAUUUUUAUUUAUUCAAUGACUGUACUGUCAAGUAGAGGAUUCUGAUAAUUAAGGAUAAGUAUACUUGCGACGUUCGUUUAAAAAUAUCGUGCUGCCAUGUACAAAUACAUAUAUAUAAGUUUCCGCUCGAAUUGUGUACGUAAAGAUGUGCUAUGAAUCGUCGUUGUUUCAUUUUUAGUAUACAGUAUAGCGUACAUUUAUGUUCAUCUACUUACACGACUAGCAAUUAAUUCUAAGAGCGAUCUGUAAUGUACAUUCAAUAUGUACGUCUUUCUUUAUGUUAAUCGAAGCUUACUAUAAAAUUACAUUUACAACUUUUUGUAUACCGAUACUCAAUUUAAACGAUAAGGAUAGAAGCAAGAAAAGAAAGAGAAAAAGCCUAUCUCGGCCUAUUUUUAGCGAAAUUACUAGCGAUAUAAUCUCCAUCGUUGUUUAUAAUAAUCGCACAAACAAUUCUCAAAAAUGAAUGCAAAUUAUUAAUUACUCAAUUCGUGAUCUGAAUUCAAUGUGCGAACGAGCCGAAACCAGAUCUUUUCAAAGAAUAGUCUUUCAUCAUAGGAUCGUAUAUCGUGAUUCUGAAAAAAAACGUAAAUCUUUAUCGAGUAUCACUUUCAAUCAACUUGGGCACUAAUCUUUUGUAACGGUAUUCUUUCGUUCUGUAUAUAACGUAUCCUUUUAAGGCAUAUUUUUAACUAACCACGUUAAGUUCACCGUCAAAUAUCAGAAAUUAUAAUACACGAACGGCUCUUUAAAUUUUCGUGUUCAAUAUCGAACGGUGCUGAACAGCCGGAACUGAUGCGCGUAGUAACCGUAAGUGCGCGCGCACGUGAACAAACUACGUGACAAAGUUCAAGUCGAUUUAGCGGCAAUCGACAUUCCGUCUAUAAUUGACGGGUGUAAGACCACGUGCAAAUAAGCUACUCAAUAUUGUUGAGAUUUCGUAGCGGUAACUCUAUGUGCGAUUUUCAAUAACAUUAUAUUUUUAACCCUGUCUUUACAAUUCAUAUAACUGCGAAUAUUGUUCUUCUAUAGUAGAGGAACGUGCGCCGCGAAUAUUCAUUUGCAUUAAUAUUUGCAUAGAAAAAAGGAGUUAAAUAAAACUGUAACUUUCAACAUUGAAAAAAUUAACAUAUAUAUACCAUUAACGGAUUGCUUCCGAAUUCUUCCGAACAGAAUCAAAAUAAUAACUAAAGAACGUAACACAAUUGUUACCGAAUAAAUCAUUACUAUAAUCGGCGUUAGUAUGGUUUAUUACAUACGUGCCGACUAUGGACGGCAUUCGUAUCCACAGUUCCUCGCAUGGAUGCUGACUACAGCCAACGUUAGAAAUGAAAAAAUUAAUAGCGGGAACGCACACUUAUGUGCAUUGCAUUAUUAAAAAUAUAUAUACAUAAUUGAAUCGCAACAAUAACUUUGUACACUACUGCGUAAUCGCAAUGACAUCGCAAUGGCUCGUCUGCACCAGGUCUAAUUCACAAGAAAAGAACAGUUUCUGUGCUUCGUAUAUUUCGUAAAGAAAAAUGUAAACGCUCUAAAAAGAGGGCCUACCACCGUCGUCUCCAAUCCGGUUCGUUAACCCAUAAUAAGUAGAAUCUUUUUUUUUUUGUAAAUGAAACCGUGUAAGAGAAAUAAAAUUGAAAUUCAAUUGUAUUAGAGCAUUAUGUUCGUAUGUAAUGGAGGAUUAAAAGUUAAAUUACGUAUAGCCUUAGAUUUUGUAUGAUAUUCACUUUAUAAGAGGGAGGUUAUGCUAAAGAUAAAGAUAUAUAUAUAUAUAUAUAUUAUAUAUAUUAUAUCUAUGAAAUACGUGUAACGACAAUUGAUCGUUCGCCGAUAAUAGACGAACCACAAAAACGAUGUAGCGGCGCUGAUUAUCGAAUCAUCUUUUUGUAUGAAAAGAAAAAAAAAUUGUAAAGCGAUAUCGGUAACGGUGCACUCGAUGUGAAAGGAAAUACAUGACACAAUAACGAACUAUA